UCCCUCUGUGUCUCACCAGCCUCAGAUGGAUCAGUAUUUUAUCCAUAUUAAAAAAAUCCUCACAGAGGGGAAGAUUUCAUCACGUAUACAGCUCAUGUUGCAGGAUGUCAUAGACCUGAGAUUGCACAACUGGGUGUCCACAGGACCCGACCAGGGUCAAAAAUCCAUUGAUCCGAGCCACAGGGUGGCAAAGAUUGAAGAGCUAGAGGAGCGGAGAAAAGUGCAGCAGCAACUCCUCACCAAAGAGACCAAGAGACAGCCAGAUCCAAGUGAGCAGAAGGAUCAGCGAGUACGGAGAGAGGAGCCGGGCAACACUGUGCCCAUGAAAAAGAACAGCCCCAACAAUAUCCCAACGUUCUCUGAGAUUGUAAACCGUUGGGCGCUGCGACCACAACCCAGGGAGAUCAUCGUGAGCCGGCCUGAGGAUGAAGUAGUUAAGCUGAAGAAGUCAGAGGAUGCCCGGAAACCAGGCAGGAAUAGGGAAAACCUCCCAACGGAACCAAAGUCCAAAGGAACACAGGUUCUGUUCAAGAAGGUCCGCAUUAUCCUGGACAAGCGGACGCCUGAGAAGUUCAACAUGCUGGUGAAGAAGGUGACGGACGUGACCAUCGACACAGAGGAGCAGCUCAAAGGAGUCGUGGACCUGGUAUUUGAGAAAGCCAUCGACGAGCCCAGCUUAUCGGUGGCCUACGGGAACAUGUGUAGCUGCCUCGCCGAGCUCAAAGUGCCCAUCCCUGAUGAACCCAAUAGCACAGUGAGCUUUAUCAAGCUGCUGCUAAGCCGUUGUCAGAAGGAGUUUGAAAAAGACAAGGACGAUGAUGUGGUGUUUAGGACGAAGCAGAAGGAGCUAGACUCUGCUGCACGGAGGGAUCGUCACAGACUUCGGCUAGAGCUACAGGAGGCCAAGGAUAUUAUCCGGCGACGUUCCAUUGGCUACGUCAAGUUCAUCGGCGAACUCUUUAAGCUCAAGAAGCUAAAGGCGUCCGUCAUGCAUGACUGCAUGGUCAAGCUGCUGAAGAACCAAGACAACGUGUCUUUGGAGUGUCUGUGCAGCCUGCUCACCACCAUCGGAAAAUACUUUGACAUAGAGGAGGCCAAGCCUCGGAUGAAUCAGUAUUUUUACCAGAUCAAAAAAAUCGUCAGAGAGGGGAAGACGGCCACUCGUAUACAGCUCAUGUUGAAGGAAAUUAUAGACCUGAGAUUGCACAACUGGGUGUCUACAGGACCCGACCAGGGUCAAAAAAACAUUGAUCCGUGCCACAAGGUGGCAAAGAUUGAAGAGCGGGAGAUCCAAGUGAGCAGAAGGAUCAGCAAGUACAGAGAGAGGAGCCGGGCAACACUGUGCCCAUGA